AGUUAAUAACAACGGAGGCCUCGGGGAACAUGAAUGUCGACGCCUCGAAGUAGAAGAACCCCUUCGAAUCCUUCGACACUGCGAUGAAGCUGUGAUUCCAGUAGAAUAAAGCAGUGAAUCGAACUACGACUGAUGAAGUUGGCGACAUUGAAACCCUUCCCCUCCCACUGCUUCAAGCUCACCCAUCAUCAUCAUCGAAUCUCUUCUUCGUUCUUCCGAAUUUCUGCCCUCACGAGACCAAUGGCGAGCAGCAGCAGCAGCUCUGGCGCCUACACCACCAUCCGCGAGACCGUCACCUUCGGAAAGGAAAUCAAGAAGAGCAAAUUCAUUGCCAUCGCCGGCCCCAUCUCCGACGAUAAAUCUGCCAACUCCUUCCUCUCCCAGGUCCGAGACCCGAAGGCCACUCACAAUUGUUGGGCUUAUAAGGUUGGAGGUCAAUACCGGAGUAGUGAUGAUGGUGAACCAUCGGGUACAGCUGGCAAACCAAUACAGUCUGCAAUAGACUUUUCUGGACUAGAUAAAGUGAUGGUGGUUGUGAUCAGGCAUUUUGGAGGUAUCAAGCUUGGCACUGGAGGACUAGUCCGGGCUUACGGAGGAAUUGCAUCUGAAUGCUUGAGAAAUGCACCCACCCUUCUUAUGAAAUCUAAAGUUUCGAUGGGUGUGGAGGUCCCCUUUGAUCUAUUAGGAAUUUUGUAUCAUCAGCUACAAUCUUUUCAAGUUCAGGACAUAAAGCAAGACUAUGAAACCGGUAAAGAUGGAAUUACCAUGGUAACCUUCAAAGUUGAUUUUGAUCGGGUUGAGAGUUUGAAGGAUGCUAUCAAAUCCCAUUGUAGCCGGGAACUUGAGUUCUACUAGUUAUGGAAUGGACAUCAGCAAUCAUAACUCCUUUUUUAUCAUCUUCACAUACACAAGUACAGAGUUCCCAAUAUAGCUCAUUAUAUCUAGAUAUGUUUUUCCUCUGCUUGUCACUAAUCAUGCCCAACAUGAGGAUGCUAGUCUUGAUAUUCUCAGUAAAGUCAAUUGCAGGUUGAUGUAGAAGAUAACUAUAACAUAAUAUGCCAGACAGGUGGUGUUUGGCCUGAUACAUUAUAUGUUGUAUAUACAAUUUUUUGUCAAAUAAAAUUAUAGUUGAUUUUGUCAAAAAAA